AUCAUCUGAAGCAGAACAUGCUAAGCCGUUGGGAAGGCUAUCAAUUCUUUCUUAUGGCUCCGGUCACAUGCUAAAUGACAUAACAUCGGCUUGUUGGUUUACUUAUUUAUUACUGUUCUUGACUGACAUAGGGCUUAGUCCAAGGUAUAUUUCAUUCACAGUUGCUUGGUAUUGAUUGCUGUUACAUGUAUUUCUCCUGUUUUUCUUUUCUAUUCACAAUAAUGUAAUACUUAGAGCAUAACGGUUGCAUGAGAAUUAUUCAGGCUAGUUAACUAAAAUGACUAGAGACAUCCCUUUGCCCAACAAUAACUGUAGAGCGAUUAUAAACUGUCGAAGAACAAAAAGGAAACAUUUGAGUUUUUCAUUGUAAUCAACUUCAGCGAAUGAAAAUUGAGGCUCUCUAACUUGCUUGAAACAACAAAAGCAUCCCUGUAUAUUUAUCGCUUGUUUGGGCUUGUUGGAGCUAAUGUGGAAGUGGUUUGUGAGUUGAGCGAUUUCUGUAGAAGUACAGUGUUGUUUGAGCAGCCACUAACAGUGUUUUCAUCAAAUCCGUUAGUAAGUCCUAUUCGCAGUAGAAGCAGAAGCUUUAGACUGGAUCUUCUUCUUCUGUGCCUGAGAGUUUUUUUAGAAGCUUGGUCAAAUGCUUCUGUGUUUAAGAGGGAUGCAGCUGUUGUUAUGCUUUCUGGUCAAACUGCAGAUGCAUUUACAACAAUUUUUGCUGGAGAGCUGAUAGACCGUUUUGGGCAUUUCAAACUAUGGCAUGCUGGGGGGUCUAUUUUGGUUGCGAUUUCCUUUUCGUCUGUUUUUGGUGGAUGCGUACCCUGUAAAGUUUUGAGGACUGAUUCUUCUGUUCUGGAAACCGUUGGUUACAGCACAUUUGCUGCCAUUUUCAAUGUGGGUUGGGCAGUUACCCAAGUUUCGCAUAUGUCAAUGGUAAAUUGCAUCACAUUGAAUCCAACUAGCAGAGUUGCACUUGCCAGCUGUCGCAAUGCCUUUACAAUGAUCGCCAAUCUGAGUUUGUAUGCAAUUGCUUUAGCCGUGUUCAGUGCAUAUAAUACCAUGCAAUCCAUCAGCAUAGUAAUCCAGUACCGUUGGAUUGCUUACUUGUCAAUUUUCAUUGGUUGCUGUUUCGUCUGCGUCUUCCUGCUUGGAACAAAAGAACCAGAGCUAAAGAAACAAAUUCAGUGUAAGAAUCUUUCGAGAAUAUCUUGGGCCCAUUGGUUCAAGAAAGUUCUGUAUUAUCAAGUAGCUGUGGUCUACAUGCUUACAAGGUUGGUGACUAAUGUUUCACAGGCGCUUCUUGCCUUCUAUGUCAUUAAUGAUUUGGAAAUGAACCGUUCUUCGAAGGCUGUGGUGCCUGCCAUUAUCUAUAUUUCAAGCUUUAUAGUAUCUAUCAUUCUGCAGGAGACACGAUGGACAAGCUUGCGCCUUAAAACCUUCUUUACAGCUGGGGCGAUUCUGUGGGUAGUCUCUGGCGCUGGAAUUUUUGUUCUUCCGAGCAAGUUGCACGAUAUUAUGUAUGUUUUGUCUAUUAUUAUCGGUGUUGCUAAUGCACUAAUGACGGUAACUGGAAUCAGCAUGGAAAGCAUACUUGUUGGAGAGGAUUUGAAUGGCUGUGCAUUUGUGUACGGUUCAUUAAGUUUCUUGGAUAAAUUGUCAUGUGGACUUGCUUUGUAUGCACUGGAGUCAUAUCAAGAUGCAGCAGGAAGAACGGAUAUGAAGCUCAAUAAUAGCAUGGAAGUUACUCAUUCAGUCACCAGAUAUGGUUUUGGUGUAUUUCCUGCAGCAUGUGCACUUGUUUCAGCGGUAGUGACGUACACUAUGGAUCUUCCAGAUACUCGAUCAAGACCUUUAAAUGAGCCCCUUCUCGCAUAAGUUCCUUUGAAGGGCACAUUGGUC